UUUCACAGCUCGAGAUCGGACAGAGAGCCCCGGACUUCCUGCUUGCUGCUUCUCACAAAGCUCAGCUCAGACGCUUCACUUGAAAUCUCGCUGACAGCCGUCGAAGCAGCAGCAGCAGCAGCUUAAAGACUCUCCAUCUUAUCUGCACUCCACCCGAAGGCAGAGGAAACAUGUACAUCUGUUAUAUCCUGGAUGGGAUUCUCAUCCUCUACGGCAUCAUUCUCACCGUCUUAUACUGCAGACUGAGGAUUCAUCAAACCAGCAAAAUGCCUGAAAAUAACCAAGAGAAGCAGCCCGCGGAGGGAGGCAUCUAUGCGGUGAGACUUCUCAUUGUAAAGCUUAAAAAGACUUUAAAAAUGGCACAUGAUGGAAAAGUGACAGCUUACCGCAAGGCAGACGGGUCUGAGCUCGCACACUACUGAUACCUACGAGACCAUCAAAAUGGACAAGAAGCCGAUCGUGUGAUGAAAGAGGAUGACGAACACGGACGAAGAUGAAGCUUGAUACUGUAAAUGAAUUUUGAGUUGUAUUGUAGCGGGCCUGUGCAUGAAGCUCUACAUGCUUUUUCUCCCUUUAUGUUGUAAAAAAAUACUUACUAACAUUUAUGUCUUAUGUCUUAAACUACACAUUUAAUUUAACUAAUAAAAAAAAAGCUAUGUCAGUGUGUCUUCACUGCUGCUUUUACGCAAUAGACCCCAGAAAACAGAAGUUGAAUCUUAUCUUCCGUUUCUGUUUCAUGAGUUCUUUUUUUAGAUGUACAUACGGGAACAGCAAUUUACCAUUAUUCCCAUGAUGAAUUCAUCUGCAGAUUAUUUUACCCAAUUCAUCAAUUUAGUCUUUUGGUCUUAAACCAAAUGCCUGCUAUGAUUGUCUUAUACUCAAAGUAACUUCUUCAAAUGUCUUGUUUUACACUUUUUUCAAAAAAAACAGAAAAAAAGCAGCAAAGUUCGUGUUUGUGCAGAUGAUUAAUCUAUUGUCAAAAUAGUUGCAGAUGAUCGUGAAUUGAUUGUAUAUAGUGGUUUGUAGGGUGUUAAACUGCCGAUAAGUAUUAGUGAAAAUAAACUAUUGUGUAUACUUAAUUUCAUGAUAAAGAUUUAAUUUUGCUUUAAGUUUGGAUCUGAAGCACCGGGCUGGCCCUUAAAACAUUAAUUUCAACAUGUUUUAUUUCUAUUUCUAAUCAUUUUAUUACAGAUUGAAUCAUAUAACAGCUGCUUUUAACUUUCUGUGAUUUUGCAUGUGUGCAAUCCCAGUUUGUAAAAGUACAUGUUUUCAUUUUUUAUGAGAAAAUCUGGCAGUAAAAUCAUCUUCAAAACUAGCAGUAAGAAUUUGAAGAUACUGUUUGAAGUUUGAACAUUAUUACAGUAAAUGAACAUCUUUACAUGUCUCAUUAAUGUUGAUUUAUGGUAGAAAUAGAACAUAUUUGGCAGCAGAGGGCAAUCACACACUGUCACUGUGAUAUCUGUCUCAUUGUACCUGUAUGAUGGUCAGUGCUCACUAAAACUCUCUUCUACUUAUUUACAUAGCAACAGACCUGGAAAUGUAUUCAAAACAGAUUUUAGCCUGUGUGGUCUGGCUGUGUACUGUUUUUUUUGUUUUUUUUUACCUCCAGGCUUUUAGCAACAGCAGAAAAAACUCAUAAAUGUCUGUUGCAUCACUCUCACCUCAACCUGUGAAACAAAAGGAGUCUGUAAUACUCAAUUAUUGAGUAGAUGAUGGUGAAAUUGGUAUUUAUUAGUAUAUAUACAUACCUAUUAUUGGCUUAUUGUUCAUAAUAUCAUGAUAAAUAACUAUUGAUUUUUAUUGAACAUGCCAGAUGUGACUUUUUCUUGCACUAUGAUAAUAAAU